CAUUUGUUACUGGUAAAAAGCAUUCUUCUAAUUUGCUAUUUUGUUCUUGUAAUCAACAAACUAUUUAAAUUAUUUGUGUUUUAGGAAAAAAACUUUAUGGUUAAAAUACAAUUUUUUAAGGUUAUUGAAUAAAAUAAAUAAAAAAGGACCUAAAAAAUAUACCUAUAGUUCUUACAAUUUUUAUUACACCCUUUAUUAACAUAAGUUAAAGUUCUAAUCUUAGUACAUAAUAUCCCUGGUUAAAGUUUAUUAAAGAACCUGCCUGCUAAUUUCAUAAAGUGCAGUAUAAUAUUUAGCUAAUAUAGGUAGAUUUAAAAUGCCUGCCGCUGUGGAAGAAAGCACCACAUCUAAUAACUCAACAGCCCCUAUCAAAAAUGACACAAAUGAAGGUGAAGCGGAAAAUGAAAAGCCUGAUCCAGACCAGCAGAUGUGGAAUGUUCUUAAAGCAUAUAUCAUGAGGGAUCGAGCCAGAAAAAAGCAAGAAAGAGAACAAGAAGUAGAAGAAGAACGGUUACGCAAAGAAAGAGAGGCAAGAGCCCAACAGGAUGUAAUGACUCUAGGAGAAACACGAGAGCAGAUUUCACAACUAGAACAAAAGCUUCAGCAGUUUAAAGAGGAAAAGCACCAGUUGUUUCUUCAGCUAAAAAAAGUUUUGAAUGAAGAUGACAACAGAAGGAAGCAACUGCAAAAGGAAUCAAAUGAACAACAAAUGGUCCAACUGCAGUCUCUCCAGCAAGGAAUGGUGCCACACCAGCCUCAAACCUUGUACAUCCAACAGCCCCAAAAUCCAGGCAGAAUCCAGACAAUUGGGCAACAGGCACCGCCCUCUCUCCCUCCUGCUGCCUACAAAACUGCCGUUAAAAGACAAAGAAGUCCCAGCCCACCCAUUCAGGUGCCCGUUUAUCAUCAGGGCUAUCAAUCCUAUAAGCCGCCUAGUGUUCCUGCAGGAUCUUAUCAAGGGUCACCACAGAAGGAUGAUGGUAGACGUAAUGAAUUAGCCCGAGCUGUAUUAUGGAACAAAGCCCCACAGUACACCAACCAGCCCUCCGCUUUCUAUCCGGUGGGACCACAAGAGAUCCCGGUAUAUUAUCCAGGUUUACCUAGAGAUCCUGCUGGGCGUCCCGUUUACGAUCAACAAAGACCACAAGGAUUCCAGAUUGAUCAUAAAAUACAAGCGGAACAUUAUUCUGCACUCAGAACGGCACCAAGCCAACACGGACAUGUAAUUCAUCCAGGACCGGGGUUGGCUAUCAACCCGGGACAGGCUGCACAACCAAAAGGUGGCAGUAUUACUGCCGGAUAUCCGGUCAGAUCUCAACCUCAAUAUCAACAAGCAGCGCCCGCCUCUAUGUACACGACCCAAUCGAGGCAGUUAUUUCAGAACUAUCCGCAAAGAGAAUAGCCUUAAUAUACAAAGGGUACUAAACUCACUAUAUUGUUACUUUAGGUCUAAUUUAGUUCAAUUAAAUAUUAUGCUAUUAAAGUGGUAAGGCUAAGUAAAUGUUUUAUAAAAAUAUGUGAUUAAUUAGGGUUAUUAUUAGACACUGUAAUCAGUAAAUGAAAUAGGCUUAUAAGAAAGACAUUUAUUUCUGUAUGGUGAGAGUGAAGAUCUGUAUCUUGUCUUUAUUAAAUACUUCUUUUCGUAUAGGGUGCGGCAAAAUAUCCUACCCGAUAUGGAUGGCUAUUGAGUAUCAAACCAUGCAAGAAAAAUAAAUUUAUGUUUAAAUAUUA